AUGGGUACUGAGGACAGUGCCAAUCUGUAUGCAGGACCUGGCACUCGGCCUGGCCUCGUUGGUGCGUCCCUGGCCGCACCGCCCGAGGGGCCGCCGGACCACCGGACCGCGCCGCGGGGGAAGCAGCACUCAGCCCCGCCUCGUCCCGCCCCCGGUGCCGCCGUGACCCCGCGGCUGAUCGCUUCCAGGGCGGCCCCGGCUCACGGUUUGAACAUGCGGGAGCGGCUGCUGGUGCUGCUGUGCGCGCUGGCGCGGCGGCGGGGGGCAGCGCAGCCUGCGGCCAUGGCCGGGGCCGGGGCCUGGAACGGGCCGCAGCGGCGCGCCUGGCUCCGGCACUACUACAGCCAGCGGCAGAAGCGGCUCAUGACGCUUCUGAUCGCUCGUCGGAGGAGAACCAGCUGCUACUUCUACCCCCGUGCCUGGCCUAGCAUCAGGAGCACAGACUGGUGGGAGCAGGUGGUCCUGAAGGAAUUUGGGCCCCAGGAGUGGCUGGAGAAGUUUCGGAUGUCCAAGGAGACAUUCUUCUAUGUCUGCAACCAGCUGCGGCCUGGGCUGACUCCACACAGUUCCCACUUCCACCCCCCGGCCCUGCCCCUGGAGAAGAGGGUGGCUGUGGCCCUGUGGCACUUGGCCACCAACGUGGAGUACCAGACACUCAGCCCGCUCUUUGGCAUAGGGCCCUCCACGGUGCAGAUGUGUGUCCGGGAGGUGAGUUACGCCAUCGUCUUGCUGCUGAAACCCCUGUACCUCCGGCUGCCCACUGAGAAGGAGCUGGAGAACAUGGUGCGCAUCUUCUGCACCCGCUGGGGCUUCCCGCACUGCAUUGGUGCCCUGGACAGCCUUCACAUUCCCAUCCACCCCCCCCUGCACCUCAGUGCUGACUACUGCAAUGGGCAGGGCUGGCACUCCAUCUUGACACAGGCUACCGUGGAUGGGCUGGGACAGUUCUGGGAUGUCUCCACUGCCUUCCCUGGCAGCAUGGAGAACAGUGCAGUCCUGGAGAGCUCCAGCCUGUGGGUGCUGGCCAAGGAGGGGCGGCUCUGCCCCAACCCUCCCAAGCACUUCAUGGGGAAAGCACAGAAGUAUGUACUGCUAGGUGAUGCCACCUACCCUUUGCAAGACUGGAUCCUCAAGCCCUACCAAGAGGAUGAGACCCUCACCCAGCGGCAGCUGCAGUUCAACUACCGCCUGAAGCGGGCACACAGCGUGAUCGAGAAUGCCUUCCUGCGCCUAAAGGCACGCUGGCAGAUCCUCCUGAAGUGUGAUGACUACAGCUUGGAGCUGCUGCCCACCCUUGUCCUUGCCUGCUGCAUCCUGCACAACAUCUGCGAAGCCCACGACAACCCCUUCAAUGAGGAGUGGCUGGAGGGCACUGAGCCAACUGAGCUGCCCAAGCCCUGCCAGCCCGCGCCUGCUGCCAUGGAGGACAGCCAGGCUGAGCAGGUGCGUGAGCUGAUGUGCCAGUACUUCGAGAGCUGUGGGGAGGGCUGAUGAGUCUGGAGGGAGAAGCAUCUCUGCACAUCCUUGUUCACAGGCUUCCCAUGGACUCUGGCAAAUGUUGUCCCAUCAGAGGACUGCACCCUCUCUUUAUUGCUGAAGGCUACCAGCUGCACUGCACCAGCUCUUUCUGGGGUGGGGAGGGGGGUGGCUGCAUCACACCUACGCUGGUUUUCCCAUGGUGGGUUUAGGCAGUGGAACGAUCUUUUCCAGGAUUUGAGCAGUCUAGUGGUGUGUUGUGUGCAUGAGUAAAGUGGGGAUUGGGGCUGA